AACAGAGAAGCUUCACACAGGAGGAGGGCAGUGGAAAAGGUGGACUGGAAGAGCGCAGAAGGACCCCAUCUGAAAACCCACCACCCUCUUUUGCUUAUUUACCAACAACAGGAUUGUGCCGUUCAACUCUGUCAGCGUAUCUCUGCGAGGAAAACAACCCCUCUACUGCGGCACACUCGGCCCUAAAUGAGCACAAGAGCCACCACACUUGGAUCUGGGCUCAAAGUGGAGAAAAAGACGCACCAACGAGCGCGCAGCGACCAGAAAAAAGCGCUCACAGGCCGUGGCCUUUGCCUUCCUCAAUGCAUACCCUUUGUGCCCGGGGAACCAUGAAACCAGAGAUCAACGCCGCCGUGGGAUUUUUGUCGAGAUUUCUGCGGGUAAAAGGACACGUAAACGAUCGACAAGUCCAAACAUUCAGCCAGAGUCUACAGGACAUUUUGUCUGAACAAUACAAGCACCACUGGUUCCCAGACAGGCCCUGCAAAGGUUCAGGGUACCGCUGCAUCCGCAUCAACCACAAGAUGGAUCCUCUGGUGGGGCAGGCGGGCCAGCACAUCGGCUUGACCAUCCAGCAACUCUACCUGCUGCUGCCCAGCGAGCUCACACUCUGGGUGGACCCCUUCGAGGUGUCCUACCGCAUCGGCGAGGACGGCUCCAUCUGUGUCCUGUACGAGUCACAGCCUGUGCCAGCAGUCAUGCAAGGAACGGUGGUCGCCAGCUCACCCUCAGGGAGCGGUGGCUCAGGGAGCCCCAUGGUGGACAGUCACAUAAGCUGCAAGGAGGAACUGAUGGUGCUGGGCAGAACCAGUCCCUCCAAAACCUACAACAUGAUGACUGUCUCCAGUUAAAGGGUUCACACUUUUGGCUGGGCCUACUUAUCAUUCAGGGUCACACCUUGGCCAGUCAAAAUGAAUUUGACCGGAUCAGGGCGAGCCUUUUUCAAAGCUAAGAAUAUGAAAUGAAACAGUGAAAAAGAAAAAAAUUAAAACAAAAGUAAAAAAACUGAGGAUUUGUCCUAUCAUCCAGGUGAUGGAAACCUUGUAGGUUUGAUAUAUAUCCCCCCCCCCCCCCCCCCCCCUUCAUUAUCAUCUGUUCUGUUGUGUCAUUGGAUCAGCUGAGUACUCCACUUUUUUAGGAGAGUCCUUAUGGAGAGUGAACUGUUGGGGCAGCUACACCACCUGACCAGGACCUCCACCCACCACCCGACUGUAAACAUGGUGAUCAGCUUCAUCCCUGAAGGGGCUGUCAGCAUUGACUUUGCACUUUUCUUACUUGUGGUUACUAUGGGGUACAUGCUAAAUACACCACAGCAAAAAACAAACAAAACAAAAGAAAUCGCCAAAUUGUACCGAAUUUAUUCAGAGAAUUAUCCCCCUUGAUAUUCAAAGAUUGAGGAUGUUUUGUUGAGGAGGAAGUUGAGGGUUUAGCCCAUCGAGGUAAAGCAACGCAAAUGAAAACAUCCGCAGUAUUUUCUGUAAAAUUCAAUUUUGGACCACAGUGAAUCUUUACCUGCUAGUGAUUGGAGCUAACCUCCUCGAUUCCCCCUCCCCCAGAAACUCAACCUACUCCUGGCCUGUAUGUAAGUGCAAGUGCUUGCGACACCUGUUACCUAUGGCUACCAGUGUGUCAGCUGCACUCCCAUAAACCAUAUUAUGUGUAGCUUUCCGGGGGAGGGCAGAGGCCUGCCACUCCACCCUCAAUUUAAUGAAUGUUGUUGAAAUUCACAAUCAAGUUCCUGUGUUUGCCCCCUUUUCCUUACCAUAUGAUCUCCUGUUUCACCAAAUUGCAAAGUGUAGCAAAGAAGGAAGGGCCAAUUCUACCCAAAUCUGUUAGAAUUGACAUUGAAUGAUGCACUUUGACAUUAGAUUGUGUGGGAUGUAUUUUUUUUUAACCGCCUGCAUUCCAUCCAUUCGAAUGUCAUCUUUUACAGCAUAUUUUUCCGCCCUCCUCAUUUGUUUUUGUUCAUACUGUAGCUCCGCGGUUGGAAUAGACGGCUGUCUGUCCAACAGGGAGUGUGAGACUGGAUUUUAAAAGCAUUUUUACACUGUAUUUGUGAACAUUUCAGAGAUUGCAGAUGGAGGAUGUUUGUUGGUGGUAGGCGAGAAGUCGUGGUGUUCACGUGGCACUGUACAUGAAGCUGAUAGAGGUUUAUUCCCUAAAGUCUGGACUAAGUGACAGGGGCACGGAGCAUUGACUCAUUUUUGACUUGAAUUUUUAAAGCAACACCAGGCCUUGUCAGCCUUUUAUUUCACUUAGAUCAGUGAUCUCCGAGGGCCCUUACUUUUUAAAAGGGAAGUCCUUUUAUAAGCUUUAGAGGUGCAUUUGAUUUAUCUCUUCUCAUGAAUUAUGAGCCAUUAGUGAUUUCCAAAUGACCACCAGACAACCUGGUGGUCUCAACUGCCCACACACACACACACACAGACAGCCUGGCAGCUUCGCCCUCCCCCUCGCCCAACUUCGAGUGCCUCAACUGCCACAUAUCAGAACCCAGCGCAGACCUCCCUUCCAGCCGAAAGCAACGCAUGCACUGCUAGCCUGACACCACCACACUAACCCCACGUGUACAGGUUGACUUAAUGUGACACAUAUCACCAUACAUCACCCGUAGUGGAGCCGGCAACGAAAUGCCAGGAUGUGGGUGGUCUGUUUUGUGAUGGAAGAGCGGGGCAGUGCCAGGGCCGGACUCUUGUCCAGGGCAGCUAAAAUCCCUCUGGCUCUCCUCGCUCAGAAAGUGGUUAGCAUCCGCAUCCGGACCCCUUCUGCCCUCACUUGGCAGUGACGGAUAAAUAAACCAGCGCACGCACACACACACACACACACACGUUGGAGUGGGGGUGGGCUCGGUGGAUGGGAAACUCGGAAGAAGCAAGAUGAAUAAUUGAGGGUGCCAUAGCAUUGUUGUCUCGUUUUCAUCUCACUGGAUUGCGUUGCAUUUAAUUACUGAGUAGCAUCAUUGUUUACAUGCAUAUGAAAGAUGUGAUGGCUGCACCCACUACAAGGUUCUGGGGCUGUAUCUGUCACAGCAGGCUGGGUGUUUUUAAGCUCCCCUGAGCCUGAGAGGAUCAUGAGUAAUCGAGCUAUAGCCUUUGACGCACUGCACCCCCUAUUUGCCUCACACUCUGCUGAUACCCCCUUCAGCACUGUGUGCGGCAGAAAAAAAAAAAGCACGAUUAUAUGUUGUUGUCCAGAAGAGGAGCCUUCCUAUAUAUGUCAAACAUGUUAUGAUAGUUGUAUUUUAUGGUCACACUGGUAGAUUUUCCCAUCCGCUUCUUAAGAUUUGUAAUCUGUUGUAUCAGUUUAAAGACCCAAAAUUUAAGAAAACAACCAAAUCCCCUUUGAAGCCUUCUCAACCGUUACCACCACCAACAAAAAAUGGCUUACGUCCUCAGUAGGAGUAUCGAUUUCAAUGGCAUCCAUUCAGCUUGUGCGCACAUAGCUUACAGAAUUGUCGUAGAGUGCUUUGAGUUAAUAAAUAAAUACAUAAAUUAAAAAAAUAAGUCAGCGAUAAAAUAGCACAUUAAAUGCACUAAAAUGUCAAAACGGUUUCUUCUGGAGACGCAAGGAGUCUCUCCUGGAAUGUAUUGCCAAACUCAGGCCUGGGAUAUUCAACAAAACUUGUUAAGCGUGUUAAGACGUGAUACAGAAAGGGAACAACCGUUUUUUUGUUGUUGUUGUUGUCAAUAUUGUCAUCAACUCGCUAAAUUAUUGCCACUUUCACAUUUGAGGUGUUUUACAUAUUGUAAAAUGUAUUGUGACUACAAGCAGUGGUAGAGUGCAUAACAUUACACAUGGGAAGUGCCAAUAAUUGAGGUGUUUAUUUUUGUCUCGAUGUGUUCCUUUUUGUAAGUCAUCUUUUAACAUGGGUAACUCUUAUUGUAAGUGAAGCCAUUUUUGAAGAAAGUGUUGGCAAGGACCAAAGUUGUUUUGGUUUUUAAAAGAUUAGUUUCCACAAUCUGUAAUCAUAGACGUAUCCUUUGUUUUGUUAUUUUUCUUUUUUAUUAUUAUUUUUCUAUUUACAUACAAAAGCAGAAAAUUGACAAAAAAAUGUGAGCUUACCCAAGAAGAAAAAGCUUGUGAUCUCAUGUCUUUAUCUUGUUAAGUUUUAUUGUUUUUUUUCUUUCCUUGGGUAUGUUGUGAUGAACUGCUGUAAAUUUGUACAGUUCAUGUAAAUUGAUUGUGCGGAAGUUGUACAGAUUUCUAUAUUUUGGAAGAAAAAGUUUUUUUCUCUGUAAUAAAAGAUUUCCUAUCUUGGCAUCAUA